AUGGCGACGUCGCCUCCACCUGUUGAAGAUCAGGGGCGUCUGCUCGAGGAUGCGCUCACGGUGGUGCGGCAGCAAACUGUUCAGAUGAAGCGCUGCCUGGAGAGUCCGGGGAAGCUCAUGGACGCACUCAAAUGCAGCUCGACGUUGGUUUCGGAACUGCGAACCAGCAGCCUUGGGCCUAAGCAGUACUAUGAGCUUUACAUGGCUGUCUUCGAUGCGCUGCGACAUCUGGCUGUCUUUUUGCGCGAGAAUCACCCUGUCACACACCUUGCCGACUUGUAUGAGCUUGUGCAAUACGCAGGAAACAUCAUUCCGCGCCUGUACCUCAUGAUUACCGUUGGGACAGUGUAUAUGUCGAUAGAAGAUGCACCCGUCAAGGAGAUAAUGAAGGACAUGAUGGAGAUGAGUCGAGGUGUCCAGCAUCCAAUUCGCGGGCUGUUUUUGAGAUACUAUCUGACGGGUCAAGCAAGAGAUCACCUACCGCAAGGUAGCGGGGAUGGACCGGAAGGCAAUCUUCAGGACAGCAUCAACUUCAUUUUGACCAAUUUUGUCGAAAUGAACAAGCUCUGGGUGCGUUGGCAACAUCAGGGACAGACAAGGGACAGGGCUAUUCGUACAAAGGAGCGGCAAGAGCUCCAGCUGCUCGUCGGUAGCAACCUCGUGCGCCUAAGUCAAUUGGUGGAUCUGGACAAUUACAAGCAGAUACUGCGACCGCUUUUGGAGCAGGUUGUCCAAUGCAAGGAUGUCCUUGCGCAAGAAUAUCUCCUUGAUGUUGUCAUUCAGGUCUUUCCUGACGAAUUCCACCUCCACACGCUUGACCAAUUCCUUUCGGCAACAUCCAGACUACACCCGAAUGUCAACGUCAAGUCUAUCGUCAUCGGACUAAUGGAUAGACUGUCCGCAUAUGCUGCCAGGGAAGCAGAGGCUCUUAGUCCGGAGCAAAAGCAGCAAAUGGAAGAGAAAGCAAUGCAUGACCUUCUGCAAAGGCUGCAGAUCGCAAAGGACAACUCGCCAGCGGAACACCAGAAUGGUGAAAGCAUAGAUGUUGCAUCCACGCCCUCGGAGACGACUACUGCGGUGGAAUCGGACGUUGCUUCGCAGGCCGAGACGGUCGAUGGAAGCAGACCAGGUCGUGGCAUUCCCGAAGACAUUAGACUGUUCGAAAUCUUCAACGAGCAGGUGCAAAGUUUGGUAAAGCUGCAACGGUUGCCCUUGGCGGACGCAGUGGCACUCAUGGUUUCACUGACAAAUCUUGCUUUGAACAUUUAUCCAGACCAAUUGGACUACGUAGACUCUGUUCUCGCAUUCGCAAGAGAAAAGGUCUCGCAGUAUGUCAACAGCGCCGAUCUCCAUUCCCAAGCCGCACAAUCAAGCAUCCUUCAACUGCUUCUCGCGCCUGUUAAAGCGUAUUUCUCGAUAUUCACAGCUCUCUCUCUGCCGAACUUCAUUCCCCUUCUUCAUGCACAGCCAUAUCCGACCCGAAGAGCAGUAGCUGGUGAAAUCGCGAGAACGCUUCUUCAGAACCAGAUCAAGAUUGAUUCUGAGGAAGGUCUGAAGUCAAUAUUAGAGAUAUUGCGUGUCAUCAUCAAGGAGGGUACCCAGCAACAGCCAAAUUACUCAGGGGGCCCGCUGCAACGAAGAGGCGCCGAGACGGAUGAGACGAUCGAGGAACAAGGAUGGUUAGCACGGAUAGUACAUCUGCUGCAAGGACCUAAGAACGACGUGCAAUAUAAGCUGCUUCAGAUCGCUCAGAAAGCCUUUGCAGAAGGUGGCGAGCGUAUUAAAUACACCUACCCUCCUCUCGUAACCGCCGCCCUCAAGUUAGCACGAUCCUACAAAGCUCGCGAACACCUCGAGGACAACUGGUCGACCCAAACUCAGGCUCUCUACAAGUUCGUUCAUUCACUCAUUUCAGCGUUGUAUAGUCGAGUGAACGGUUUCAAUGACAUGGCCCUGCGCCUGUACGUCUCUUGCGGUCAGGUGGCGGAUCAGACGGGCCACGAGGAGAUUGCGUACGAGUUCUUCGCGCAAGCUUUCACCGUCUACGAGGAGGCAAUCAGUGACAGCAGGGCACAAUUCCAAGCUGUUUGCGUUGUGGCCAGCGCGUUGCAUCAAACUCGCAAUUUCAGUCGGGAGAACUAUGAUACGUUGAUCACGAAGUGUGCAUUACACGGCAGCAAGCUGUUGAAAAAGCCGGAUCAGUGCCGCGCGGUAUAUCUAGCCAGCCACCUCUGGUGGGCGACGCCGAAUAGUGUCUUGGGUGAGGAGGACACGAAGGACUUGUACCGCGAUGGGAAGCGCGUCUUGGAAUGUCUGCAGCGGGCUCUGAGGGUUGCAGACGCGUGCAUGGACACCGCGGUUUCCGUGGAGCUGUUUGUGGAGAUUCUGAACAGAUACGUAUACUACUACGAGCAGGAGAACGAAGCAGUUACCACGAAAUACCUCAACGGCCUGAUCGAAUUGAUCCAUUCGAACCUGAAUUCGAACGAGGCUCAAUCGUCGCUUGAUAAUCCGCGGAAACAUUUCCAAAGGACGCUGGACUACAUCAACGUUUGUAAUUUCGAAGGUGUGGUUACAAACCCGCCCUUGGCUUGA